UCAGGGCCUGAGAUUCUGCUCUUGGGCGUCAUAGAAGGAGACAGCUCGUUUUGGGAAGUCUCAGGCCUGGCUGAGAUGAGAACUCCUGGGCCCAGGAGAAAUCUCCUGCAGUGAGCUGGCUGGAACCUGGGACUUCUGGACUUGCGAUCUCUCUGCCUCCUGCAAGCCAGCUCUGUAGGUGCAGAUCCCAGGCUAGUCCCCCGCUCAGGAAAAGAAGGGAAGGACAUCUGUGCAGUUAUAAUCAUCUUCUCCCAACAGCCUGCCGAGGACCAAGGCCUGGCCCAAGCAGCAAAUCUGGAGCCAGAGGGAAUGGCCCCUAAGAAGAGCAGAUCCCCACCGCAUGAGCUGGUGACCUUCAAAGAUGUGGCUGUGGACUUCAGCCCAGAGGAGUGGGGUCUGUUGGACCCACAUGAGAAAAAGCUGCACAAGGAGGUCAUGCUGGAGAAUGCCAAAAACUUACUCUCCCUGGGACUUCCAGUUCCCAGAGAAGAUUUCAUUUCCCAUGUGGAGAGAGGAGGCCUGAGGAACUCCUGUCCUGAUGCAGAGACGUGUUUUGACAUGAAGGAGAUGAGUGCAGAUCUGAAAAUGAUCUCCUGGAAAGAUCUUUUUCAAUAUCGUGAACACAGGACUGUUCUUGCUAAGCACAAAAGAAACCACAUUGGAGAGAAACGUUGUGAAUGGAAUACACACAAAAAAGCUUUAAGAAAGAGUUCCACUGUUGCUAAAAAUAAGAAUAUACAUUCUGAAGAGAAAACACCUGAGGGUCAUGAACGUGAUAAAGCUUUUCGUGUACUCUCUUCCCUUGCCAAGCAUCAGAGAAUCCCUGCUGGAGAGAAACCUUAUGAAAGUAAGAAACAUGGAAAGACUUUGAGAGAGCGAUCUACUCCUAAACAUGAGAGAAUUCACACAGAAAAACAACCUUAUAAAUGUAAUCAAUGUGGAAAAUAUUUCCAAUAUCAUUGCAAAUUUGCUCAACAUCAGAGAAUUCACACUGGCGAGAAGCCUUAUGAAUGUAAAGAAUGUGGAAAGGCUUUCAUAGUUCGCUCCCGUCUUGCUGUCCAUCAGCGAAUCCACACUGGAGAGAAGCCUUAUGAAUGUAAUGAAUGUGGAAAGGCUUUCAUACAGAGCUCCAGUUUUCUUGAACAUCAGAGAAUCCACACUGGAGAGAAGCCUUAUAAAUGUACUGAAUGUGGAAAGACUUUCACACGGAGUAACAGUCUUCGUGAACAUCAGCGAAUCCACACUGGAGAGAAGCCUUAUAAAUGUAAUGAAUGUGGAAAGACUUUCACACGGAGUGACAGUCUUCGGGAACAUCAGCGAAUUCACAGUGGAGAGAAGCCUUAUCAAUGUAAUGACUGUGGAAAGGCUUUCACAUAUCGUUCUUAUCUUAAUGCACAUAAGAGAAUCCACACUGGAGAGAAGCCUUAUGAAUGUAACAAAUGUGGAAAGACUUUCACAUCUCACUCCAGUCUUGCUGUCCAUGAGAGAAAGUACUCUGGAGAGAAGCCUUAUGAAUGUAAUGAAUGUGGAAAGACUUUCACACGGAGUGACAGUCUUCGUGAACAUCAGAGAAUCCACACUGGAGAGAAGCCUUAUAAAUGUAAUGAAUGUGGAAAGGCUUUCAUAGAUCGCUCCUACCUUGCUGUCCAUCAGAGAAUCCACACUGGAGAGAAGCCUUAUGAAUGUAAUGAAUGUGGAAAGGCUUUCAUAUAUCGCUCCUACCUUGCUGUCCAUCAGAGAAUCCACACUGGAGAGAAACCUUAUGAAUGUAACGAAUGUGGAAAGACUUUUACACAACGCUCCCAAGUUGCUAUUCAUCAGAGAAUCCAUACUGGAGAGAAGCCUUAUGAAUGUAAUGAAUGUGGAAAGACUUUCACAUGGUGGGAUAGUCUUCGUGAACAUCAGAGAAUCCACACUGGAGAGAAGCCGUAUGAAUGUAAUCAGUGUGGAAAGAGUUUAAGAUGCAGUUCUAAACUUGCUGUCCAUCAGAGAAUCCACACUGGAGAGAAGCCUUAUAAAUGUAAUGAAUGUGGAAAGGCUUUCACAUCUCACUCCAGUCUUAAUGAACAUAAGAGAAUCCACACUGGAGAAAAGCCUUAUGAAUGUAAUGAAUGUGGAAAGGCUUUCACAAAGCGCUCCUCCCUUGAUGCACAUCAGAGAAUCCACACUGGAGAGAAGCCUUAUGAGUGUAAUGAUUGUGGAAAGGCUUUCACAAAACGCUCCUCCCUUAAAGAACAUCAGAGAAUCCACACUGGAGAGAAGCCUUAUGCAUGUAACAAAUGUGGAAAGGCUUUUACACAGCGAAGCAGUCUUACUUCCCAUCAGAGAAUCCACACUGGAGAGAAGCGUUAUGAAUGUAAUGACUGUGGAAAGGCUUUCACACGGCGUGAAAGUCUUAGUAAACAUGAAAAAAUCCACAUUGGACAGAAACCUUCAGAUAAAGCUCAAAUCUUGCCUAGCAACAGAGAGAGCACAGUAGAGAAAAACUUUUAAGUGUCUGGAUCAUGGUAAAGUUUUUAAUAUAUAUUAGUCUCUGACUAGGCAUGUGAGAUCUUAAAAUAAAUGUAAAACCUCAUUCAUAUAAUCCAUGUGGAAAAACAUUCAGGCUCACUUUAUCCCUGAAUUGCUUCCAGAAUAUUCCUAGAAGAUUGAAAUCAUGGAUAAAGUUAUAAAAAUGGAGGACAGAGUUUGUUAGUCAGCCAGGAUUUUCUGCUUGGGAUGAAAUCUCUUAUGGACUUGGCAUGGGAAGGUCUUUAGCCCAAAUUAAUCUCUGAGUUUACUUCUGAGGAUACGGAGUGGAGUGAAGACUUUAAAAAUGUGCUAAAGGAAGACUUGCCCUUAUGUGGAAGAUAAAGGUCACUAUAAAUCACAAUUUUCACACUGGAAAGAAACAUUAUACAAAAUGUAUUUUCAGAAAGGCUGGAUUUCAUCCUUUGUGCAGACAUCUUACUGCAGAUGAAACAUGUGAAUAUAAUCAAAGAGGGAAGGCCUCUUCCUACAGCACGGAUCUCAUGAGACAUUGCAAUUUUUAUACUGUGUAUAAAGGUCGGAAAAUAGAUUUAGCUUUUCUCUGAAAUUCCAAGAUCCGUGUCCAAAGAAGGGUCUUUAUAAUGAGGGAACCAAUUGUUUUAAUCUCCUCUCUCAAUCAAUAAUGAUUAAGAGAUUUAAAUCUGACUUUAAAUUAUUUUUAUUACUUAACUUUCAUCUUCAUUCUCUUGUUUAUUCCUAAAUUCUUUGGCUUUCAAUCUGUGAUAAGUAAUAUGUUACAUGUUCUAAAUUUCUUUUAAAAUAUUGGUGGUUUAGGUCUCCAUUUUGACCUUAUCUUGCUAAAUUGUGUUGGUUAGGUUUGAGGGGAUGUGAGGCCUUUUCAGAAAGCUGACCCCCAGAAGAGUGUCAUAGUUUAGGGCUACAUUUCCAGAAAAAAAUCUCCCCCUUGUACUCUUGCUUAAUCUUGCAUGAACCACUUUGCCACAUCAGUAAGCAAUGUAUAUUUAUGUAAUGUAUAAUUACUGUUCUUAAGUGGAAUGGGUUCCUAUGACAGAUUGGGAGCCCAGUGUGAGAGAUCAUAUAAAUUAUAAUCUUGUAUUUGACAAUGUAAAAAGUAAAGACUUGUGGAUAAGAAUUUA